GAGGUGCAAAAAGCAUAGCACUCUAUCUAUAUCUACCAUAUAUUCAAUGACAGUACAUUUUCAAGAAAAUUGUAAAGUAACAAUUAGGCUACGAUUAUAUUAGUAAAAGCCCCUGCCACGUACUGACCACCUAUUUUGGCUGGGGACUACAGUAAAAUAUAAAAUGUAUAUAUAUACAUUACUUCAAUUAACCCUGCUAACAACUUUAAUAAGGUAGGUAACACUAGACCAUUUUCCUCCAGAUGGAGAGAGAUUACAGAACUAGAAGGUCCCCUGGCAGAUCAGAGGCAAAGCUCCCUCAUGUAUCCAAAUAUCUCUAACUUAUUAGGUGGGAAACUACAAAGAAUCACAGAUUAAUCUAACUCUAUCUCCAUGCUGGACAAACCUGCAGUAAUUUCUACCUUAUUUUAUCCUGUAUGAAACUCUAGCCAAAGAUAGCCACUGGUUUCAUGUCAAGGGUCGGCACUGACACACUGUCUGAGAUCCCUAGGGAAGGACUAGAAGGUUGCAGGAAAAGGGGCUGUGUUCAGUUGCAGACGUCUGUGAAAGGCACUGGUGGCAGAGAUAGCCAGCCACUGAGCAUUCAUUCACACCCACAUCCUUCUGCGAUGCAUUAUGAAACCACCAUGGACCUUUUCUCUAGUAGAUGCUCGUUAUCUAGACACCCUCCCCUUUCGAACAAAAGUUUUAAGUAGAUAUUUAAGUCACACUAUUAUAUGAGAGUUACCAAUUAGUAUGACAUACUAUGAUAUUCCCCCAAAUACUAUUUUUACCAACAAAUAAGGGUCACUGUCUUCCUCCUGCACCCCGUCAGUCAUCUGUUAGAUUCUCCCUCAGAUUGUGUAUUCUUACAUGAACUUGGUCGCCCAACAGUCUCUUCAGCUCCACAAGCCAAACCACAGCCUUCCUAUUUAUGACACAGAAGCUUUUAUGUUCUAAAGGAUUCUCUAUAUUUUUAAAUGAGUAAAACCAAGAGCCUUGCUUAUCAAAUAUAAUAUAAGGCUUCAGGAAAAACUACCAAAAGCAAAAAACUAAACGAUAGCAAGGUAACAGAUCAGAACCUGAUUAAGGCCUUCCACAGCAGAUACACUUCAACUAAAAGAAAAAAAAAAAAAAACACACACACACACACAAAACAAAACAUAGCUUUGGAAAUGUGUGUAUAUUCUACAUGUGACUUUUCCCAGAUAGCAGUAACUGCUAUUAAAUAAACUGCCAAAAGCAAAAUGCCUAAAAUUGAUAUAGCAGAUGGCCUCUCCAGUGCAAUACAAGAGAAAAUUAUUAAGAACAAAGACUUGCCCACAGACAUUUCCUCUCUUGAGCAAUAAUGCUACUAAGUAGCUAUCCAGCAAGGGUUGUAUAUAUUAACACAGACCUGUACUUUACAAAUGUCUCUAAAUGCAGCUAUUGGCAAAAAUACUUUAAACCUAUUCCUUCAUACACAUAUAGCUAAGAACAGGGCUAAAUGAGGUUUGGCUCAAAUUAUAAUAUUGAAGUGAUGGUAAGAGCUAACAUUUAUAUAGCAUGUUUACAUAUCUUAACGAACUGAAAAUGGCAAAAUGAGCAGCCUAAACCCUGAGGGAAACCUGCCUUCAUUAGACCAAGAGGGCACAGUUUCUCCUGGUCACCAGAAGAGGCUAGGGAACUGUAAUCCCUUUCAAAGCACAUGAUGGGCUUCAGGAAUAAAUAAUAUUUACAUAGCUUUCAUUAUAGGAAUAAGUGAUGCUGAUUUGUCCAGAGACUGGAGACAUAAUUACCGGGUGAGGAAAAGUGCUGGAGGGCAAGGGAGCUGAAACUUCAUCUUCUACACAAAGAAGUCAACAGAUGCUACUGAAAGCCAAAUAGUGUCAUUUAUGUAGAAAUAUAAGGGUUAAUGCCUAAAAAUAAUAGCUAGAAGGGAAAGACGUGGUCAUGAGGACAUAGAAAAAGGGCAAGGACUGCUAUUUUCCAUUACAAAUUUCAUAAAAUUAUUUGAUUUAUUAAAGUACCUAAAUGCAGGAUUUUAAUAAAAAUUUUAAAUUAGUUUAGUUUGAAUUAAAGAAACACACACAUACAUACAUGAAGUGAUCUAAAUUGCUUGGGCUAGGAAAAGAAGAAGGAAAAAUAGUGGAGGUCCUCAUUUAUUAAAUACAAUAAAUAAAUCACCUUUUUGUACCUAAAAGGCCUUCCCUUUUCAGUGAGCUGGAGUGUUAGAAGGCAAGGUGCCUAUGGAUUGCUAAGCAAAAGGGUCAUGUGCCAAGCACAGGAAGCCAGACUGGAGACCCCUGGCAAAAUGGGGUGACAGAAACUGCAGGAAAAUCACCUGCCCUCCUGGCAGACAGGUCAAGUUACUCCAUGAAUAACAGACUCAGGGAACAUCAGCACAAGACUCACCUUUCCCCAAACCAGGCGAGAUAAGGACUACCAUCUGUGACACAAUACAAGGUCUGAGAAGCGGCCAAGUCAGAAUUCACAUUAAGCCCUAUAGGAAUUCAGAGGGGUAACCCUUCAUUCUCAGGGGUAAGAUAAGGAGAAGCUCCAUAAACAGUAGACUCUGAACCGGAUUCCUGGGGAUGCACAAGGGCUCAACAGGUAGAAAUGGAAGACAGGCCCUUUUCCAGGCUGAGGAAACAUGAUGAGAAAGAAAGGCCAGAGGUGAAAAAUUAAGAUAGAUGGUGCGUUUGGAAAUGGGACAUGAUCUAAGACACAUCAAACUGCACAUUACGUGUUGUCAUCACCCCAAGAGGAGAGUGUGGGGCAGGGGUGGGAGACUCCCAUGACAGUUAGUUCACCGGUUUCUGGCAGAGUGUAAAACUACAGACAUGAUAGGGGUGCCUGGGUGGCUCAGUCGGUUAAGCAUCUGCCUUUGGCUCAGGUCAUGAUCUCAUGGUUCAUGGGUUCCAGCACCGUGUAGGCUCUGUGCUGACAGCUCAGAGCCUGGAGCCUGCUUCUGAUUCUGUGUCUCCUUCUCUCUCUGCCCCUCCCCCAUUCACGCACUGUCUCUCUCUCUCUCUCUCUCUCUCUCUCUCACUUUCAAAUAUAAAAAAAAUAAUUAAAAAAUAUUUUAUCAACUUAAAUAUAAUUUUUAAAAAGGGGUAUGUUUCUAAAAUUAACUCGUUUAUGGGAAUAUACCCUCCAUGUUUAACUGAUUUUGCUUAUGACAGACUUAAAUGUCAGACACUGAUAUUUAGCUCAUUAGUCAUGUCAUGCCUAUCAUGCCCCUGAGUUUUCCCAAGUCCUUAGCUUAGUGCUAGUGAAUUCCAUCAAUACUUUUUCCUUAUAAUUCCCCAAGAGUGUUGAACUCCUAACACCUAAAGAUUCAUGUUUCAGGCACCUUCAGGUCUCCCUUCAAUUUACAAAAGGAAUACCAUCAUAAAUGGACAAAUUCCUCUAAAAAAUAAUUUUUCCUCACUGGGAUCCACAUGUAGUAAAUGUUCCUUUCAAAACUGCAAUCAUAGGGGCGCCUGGGUGGCUCAGUUGGUUAAGCGUCCAACUUCAGCUCAGGUCAUGAUCUCGCCGUUUAUUGAGUUUGAGCCCCACAUCGGGCUCUGUGCUGAUAGCUCAGAGCCUGGAGCCUGCUUCGGAUUCUAUGUCUCCCUCUCUCUCUGCCCCUCUCUCACUCACACUCUGUCUCUAUCACAAAAAAUAAACAUUAAAAAAACUUGCAAUCAUAAAUUGAACCAACUUUGACCCAUAUAAUCCCAAAUAUUGGUUUGGGUUAAAAUAUAUACAUCUGACUCAGGUUUCUGUGUAUCUAAGCAAGUGGUAGCAGUUACUAGACCACAGGCGAAAUGAUUCCUGCAGAUACGAAUGAAUAUUCAUAAAAUCCAUUCAUUUUUAAUAUAAAUCAUAAGCUGUCAAAAACAAAAGUGAGCCCAUUAACUUUAACUGUCCUUUAUCAAUAUUUAAAAGUCUCAUUUAGGAAACACACAAGUACUACAAGUAAAUCUUGGAUGAAAUUAAGAGGUCAACACAUCUUCACUUUUAAUUCUGUGAGUAAAAAUGGUAGGUGCUGAAGAUACAAAAUUGACACAAUAUUGGCCCUGCCUUCCUCAGCUAAGGAUCUAGCUGGGAGGAAUAAAAGGAGAACAAUUAAAAAACACAGUUUAAGUAUUCAAGGUUGUACCCCAGGGUCCUUACACCACCAGGCCUCCAGAAGAGGCUGAUGACUGAUAAGUAUUAGUUGACUGAUUAGAUGAACAAAUGGAUGUAACAAUUGUUGAUGGAAGGACCAAUAGUCUUUUUGGCUAACAGAGAGGAGGGUAACUUUACCAAGUGUGUGGGAUCAGGAACAGCUUCCCAAAGUUAGAGUAUGGGCCAAACGGCAUCUGAAAGGAGUGUUUCCACACAUCAGAAAUUGUCCAGAAUACACUGAACCCAGACAAAUUUACUAAAUUUGUUACGUUAUGUAAUUGUUUUAGCAUGAUAUAAAAAACAAACACAUGAAAUCUAGGACUUCAAAAAUAUUUUUCGAUAAAGCUAAACAUUUAAUUUUUUAAGAUGACUCCAUGUAAAAAUCAGAUAUAAACAGAACGGAGGAUGUAUGGAUAAAGCAAAAACUGAGUAGCAUGUGAAGAACUGAAACUUCUAUAAUUAUUUUUAAUGUUUAUUUAUUUUUGAGAGACAGCGAGCAAGCGAGAGCAAACGUGAGCAGGGGAGGGGCAGAGAGAGAGGGAGACACAGAACCCAAAGCAGGCUCCAGGCUCUGAGCUGUCAGCACAGAGCCUUACACGGUGCUUGAACCCAUGAACCAUGAGAUCAUGACCUGAGCAAAAGUCGGACGCUUAUCCGACUGAGCCACCCAGGUGCCCUGAGCUGAAAUUUUUAAAACAUGGUUUAAACUUAGGAUGCCCCAGGAAAAAAGAGAAGAGAGGUAUUCCAGGGAGAGGGCAAAGCAUAAGCCCAAGCAAGAAAACAAAGACCAUAAGUAUUGUAGGGAGUUGGAACAAGCAGACAGUAAUAUAAAGCUCAAGGUAAGUAGUGGAAGAAGAUGCAAAAUGUCCAAUCAAAGAGCACUAAAUCUGCCAGAUUCAAAAGGAUGAACUUACCUUGUAAGUGACAAGGAGCCAAGGGACGUGGCUAUACUUGUAUUUUAGAGAGAUCCCUCUCAUGGGUGACUAGAGGGUAGGCACUGGGGAGUAAGUAGACUGGGGUAGGGAAUACAAGCUUAAUAGGAAUCAUAAACAAGAAAUAUUUAGGUGUUAAGAAAAUCAUCAGGCUUUGGUGAUUGGGUAUGAGCAGAUGAGAUCAAGCUAUAAUUUAAUGGUUUAUAGCUUCAUUGACUAAUAGACAGUAGUACCUAAAAAAAGGGCUUAAAUCAGAGAGAACUUUGAGGGAGGUUGUUUUAUUUUUGUGUGAUAAUUAAAAUAAGCAUGAUUGAUAAUGAACCUGCUGCCCUAAGAAAAAGAGAAAGAAAUCGGUAAAAUGAGUAAAUGUUCAAAGUGGAUAGAAUAGAGGAGACUCUGGCCCCCUUCCUCCUGAGAUGACUGCAUUAAUAGAGAGUGCUAUGUAAGAAUAACAAAUCCCAGCAACAAUUUGUUAAAUGACGAAGGAAUCCAGAAAUUGGGGUCAAACAGGGUGCUUGGAAACCAGAUUUAAGAGGAAGGGGUAACGUAAAGAAAGAUUAAAGUCACAACAGCCUCAAUUCAAGGUUGGGAAUGUGUGAGGAUAACAGAGUAGACCAGGCCCCGCCAAUCGACCCCCUAGAACUGGGUCCAGGUAGAAUGGUCAACCACACAGAUCCAAAGGAGACGGCAUCACCUUUCAAUCUCUCUCCUCACUUGACAGCUAUCUUGGCCUUGGCUGAUCAAGACUCCUAGGUGAUCUGCCUACUUGCAAAGCCCUCCUCCUCUCCCCUCUGCUAACUGAAAGUGGCAAGUGUUCUGGUCUAUUUUACUCUCAAAUAUUUUUUGAUUUUCCAACAAGUUUCAUGGAGUUUAGUUGAAGCCACGUGAAGUACAAUUUGAAAAUCCUUCCCAAUAAACACAGAAGCUAUUCUUACAACAGCUUCCCAGGAAGAGGUCACAGCUAGGCAUGGGAAAGAUCUAGCCUCCUGCUGACUGGAGCUCUCGCUUGCUCUGUUGCUCUCCCCUUUCUCUCUGUACCCAGUUUCAUACCACGCCUUGCUAAUUUGCAACCCUAAGCAUAAAGUGCUUACACUUACACAAGCACAUAGUAGAGCUGGGUUCCAAAGAGGACUGGGCAUCUGUAGUACUUGACAUUCAGGCCUUUGGCAAGAUGUCAGCAUUUCAUAGAGUACUUUAAAUGUUUUGGUCUGAGAGCUAAUAUAGCAUUUCCUCACUGGUCAACACGAGCAGCCCAAGCAGAAAGCUAAAUCUAUUUCCCUCAACAUCAGAUGUUACACUCCAUUGUUGAUCCAGCCUUGCCUACGGAGACGACAGGAGGCUGGAAAAAUUGGAUCAUUAGGGAAGGAACACCUUGGCCACUUCAAGAUGACAAGCACACACUGGACUACACUGCUUCAUUGACAGGAAGCCUCCUAUUCUACCAGUGCCCCCACCACGCCAAAAAAAAUUUUAAGGCCUCCCCUGCAGAAGCUACAGAAUGAUAAAUUCCACCACCACACAACCUCCGAACGAGGCCUGCUCCCGGAAUACUCUCAUAACUCAGAUCAUCAUUCCCGUGCUAUACUUGGCGGUCUUUGUCGCGGGGAUCCUGCUCAAUGGUGUCUCUGCAUGGAUAUUCUUUUACGUGUCCAGCUCCAAGAGUUUCAUUGUCUAUCUCAAGAACAUUGUUGUGGCUGACUUUCUGAUGAGCCUGACUUUUCCCUUCAAGAUUCUUGGGGAUUCGGGCCUGGGACCCUGGCAGAUAAACAUGUUCGUGUGCAGGGUCUCAGCUGUGCUGUUUUACGUCAACAUGUAUGUCAGCAUCGUGUUCUUUGGGCUCAUCAGCUUUGACAGGUAUUAUAAAAUUGUAAAGCCUCUUUUGACUUCUUUCAUCCAUUCAGUAAAUUACAGCAAACUUCUGUCAGUCACGGUGUGGGUGCUCAUGCUCCUUCUGGCUGUCCCCAACAUUAUCCUGACCAACCAGAAAGCGAGGAACGGGAAGGCUAUGAGUAUAAAAUGUGUAGAGCUUAAAAACGAACUGGGACUUAAGUGGCACAAGGCAUCAAACUACAUCUUUGUGGGCAUCUUCUGGAUUGUGUUUCUUUUGUUGGUCAUUUUCUACACUGCUAUCACGAGGAAAAUCUUUAAGUCCCACCUGAAAUCCAGAAGGAAUUCCAUUUCGGUCAAGAAGAAAUCUAGCCGCAAUAUAUUCAGCAUCAUGUUCGUAUUUUUUGUCUGUUUUGUGCCUUACCACAUUGCCAGAAUCCCCUACACGCAGAGCCAGACAGAAGCUCAUUACAGCUGCCGGUCAAAAGAAAUUUUGCUCUACGUAAAAGAAUUCACUCUAGUACUGUCAGCUGCAAAUGUAUGCCUAGACCCUAUUAUUUAUUUCUUUCUAUGCCAGCCAUUUAGAGAAAUCUUAUGUAAGAAACUGCACAUCCCAUUAAAAGCUCAGUCUGACGCAGAAACUUCUAAAACCAAAAGAGGAAAUACAAUGCAUGAAAGCACAGACACUCUGUGAAUUCCCACCUCCUUUCAAAAAGAAUCCAUGUACACAUUUUGCAGUCUUCAGUUACAUACGAAUACAAAAGAAACAUGUCCAUGCAACUAAGUAUCAUCUCUAUGCAUUACUAUUCAAUUUAGUAUAAUAAUAAAAACAAAAUAUAAGUUCCCCUGCUUUUAUAACAGCAAAGAAAAAAGUAAUACAUGCAUUGUUCAAUUUUAUUCCAUCAAAACAGAAGUUUUCAAUGUAUAAUCACUCGUCUCGUCAGUUAAUGUAGAAGUUUAAAUAGCAUAAAGAAAAUAGGAAGCAAUCAAGACAAUUCACUGGGGCGUGUUCCCUCCCUAAAUACAAGAAUUUAACUUAUGUGUUUUUUUUUCACCAGGGUUACUAAAGACCAACCUAAAAGCAGGCAGAGUUUGAUAAAGAACUGGAGACCUGUUUGGAGUGAAAAAGUCAAAUUUUCUCUGAUUUCACUUAGGAAAUUCCCUACUGAUUUAUCUCCUAGCAUUUCAAAGGGAAGUUGAUAUAAAUUCUGUUCUUUGCAGUAAAAACAAAAUGUAACACUUUGAUAACAUUUUGAAGAUGAUAAUAAGAUACAUUCUGAAUGUUUUGCAUCAAGACUUAUUAAGCUACGUCUUGAGCAUGCAUUUCUGGUGUUAAAAUAUUUUUAAGUGGACUCUAUUAAAGGAAACUGGCUAUUGGUAUAUGUUGCCAGCAACUUUCCCUAUCGAAUGCUAUGGAGGAAAAAAAAAAUGAUGACCAGGACAAAGACACAGACACAGACACACACAUACAAACACACACACACACACACACACACACACACACACACACACACAUCGAGGGACAGGGGAAACAGUUUUCUUUGAAAGCAACAGGACUUGAAAAAAAGGACAAUCUACAAUUUGCAAUUUUGAGUGAGAAAUUACACAUAAAAUGAAAAUUUGUGACAUUUUCUUAAAAGGAGAUGGAUUUAAAGUAUGUAGAUAAGGGAUAUGGUUGCUGGCUUGUGAGUUAGCAAAACUAAAUUCUUUCUCUGCUCUUAACUGCCUAGAAGACAUCCAGGCCAUCUUCCAAAUGUUAUUCUCAAACAUUUUUGUAAGCCAUGUAUAUACACUUUUUUGCUUUACUGUAUAUGUACUA